UCAGGAUAUUUCCCCCCCGAAAACUGUCACGAUGCUGCAGCUGGUUACAUUCAUUUUGGAGAAGCUGUGUCUUCUCUCCAACUUCAAACUUUUGAAGUCCAGCUGGUCGGACGAUGUGGACCGGGAGCGGCACGCGCAGCGCGGUUCCUUACCGCUCCUCCGAAGGGGAGACCUGCUGGAGGUCCCCAGAACCCUUUUCACCCACUACGGCAUUUAUUUAGGCGACAAUAAAGUCGCCCACCUGAUCCCUGACAUCCUGCCUGUGCUUACAAACGACAAGAAGCUCAUCAGUUCUGUCAUUACAAACAAGAGACUCAUCUUCGGCUGCAUCUACAGAUGCGCCACGGUGCGCGUGGACACAUUAGAGGACUUUGCAUACGGCUCCAACAUACUGAUUAACCCCCUGGAUAAAAUGAUGAAGAAUCAAACAUUGCCCAACGAAGAUGUCGCUAAGAGAGCUGAAAAACACAUCGGAGUAAUUCCGUACAGUCUGCUGUGGUAUAACUGUGAGCACUUUGUGACAUAUUGCAGAUAUGGAUCUGCAGCCAGCCGUCAAACAGAGAAGUUCUGCGAGUGCUUGAAAUCAAUCAUCAGAGACCAGCGCAGCGUGAUUGUCUCAGGCCUCCUUGGAAUGAUCGCCGUCGUCUGUUUCGGCACGGCAUCGUCAACUACGUUACCCACAAUCCUUAUAACCUUCACUCUGUGGAUGGCUGGUUAAAGGAGUUCAGCAAAAGGAAACUACAAACAAACAAACAAACUGAACUUUUACUUUUACUUUUUUACUUUUACUGACCUGAAACCUCCUCAGGACUGUGCCCUCUCGCCAUGUGACGCCUUAUGAGUCCGUUACAACUAUACUGUCGUGUGUGUGUGUGUGUGUGUGUGUGUGUGUGUGUGUGUGUGUGUGUGUGUGUAGACAAAGUUUAAUGUUUCGUGUUGAUACAUGCAUGAAUAGUUUCCUAUAUGACUUAUAUUUGCUCUCUCAUAAAAGUGUGGGGAAAUACAUAUUUAAAGAAAUGAUAGGAAUACAGUUAGCGAUUCAUUUUUGAUAACAGUCAAGUAUCAACUAAAGUGAAUAUACAACAUCUGAAUGUAAGGUAUGUAUGGUGGGAAUUGUAUAGUAGUGUUCUUAAUAUAAUGUUGUAAAUAGAACAAAUGUUUGAUAAACAAUUUAUUUUUUACUUGUGUGCCUUGUGUGAGUGGACUCUCCAUACAUCUCCAACUGCAUGCCAGUGCGAGCCGAGGCCUAAAUUAGCCUUAAUUUGUGUGAUAUUUCAUGAUGUAUUUUCUUAUUGAGAUGGAAUUCGUGGAAUUCUGCCGAUACAAACUAAACCAAAGGGUGGAGAGAAGUGAAUCUAUUAUACUAAAAUAAAGAUACUUGGUUAAAGAA